AUGGGUCCCUCUCGCACUCAUCGAAGCAAAUACAACUUCUCAGAAGAAACUCUGACAGGGCAGCUUUCAUGCCUGCAUUGUAGCAAGAAGUUCAAGACCCAAGGCUUCAAGAAGCACGAAGCAAGCUGCAAGAAGCAGAAGGACACCAAGGCAGAACGAGCAGAGUUUGCCCUUCAAUAUGCACGAGAUCAGAGGAGAGGUUCUGUUGAACCGCAACCUGCAAUACCUCCUCCACAACCCAUUGAAUUCAAAACGGUCUAUCAUCCUUCUGCUCGUCGUGAACCGCUCCUUCAAACAUUUGAGGAGUUUGGCGUCAAUACACACCCUGAGGAAGAGCUUCCCGUAGAUGAAGAGCCCUGGCGUCCUUUCUGUUCCCGUGGUGACUUCGAGUUUGCGGAGAUCGCACUCAAUGCCGCCCUCAACAAGUCACACAUUGACGGGCUCCUUGCGCUUAUUGGCCGCAUAUCGAGAGGGGAGAGCCGAGUCACUUUUAAAAAUGACAUUGAGCUGCGCAAAGCUUGGGAACACGCAACGGCUCAGGUGACGCCGUUUGUAAAACACGACAUCACCGUUCCUUAUAAGAAAGAACAACGAGUAUAUGAGACCCACGCGCUGCCUCUGUGGGACUGGGCCCUUGAUUUGCUAGCUAAUCCGCUGCUUGCUCCGCAUUUUCAUAACGGCAGGGAGUUUGAACGCUUUUACAACGAGCCGUGGACGGGUGAUCGAUGGUGGGACAUACAGGCAUCAUCAACAAACCAGAGUCGCCUUCCAAAUGACAUUAAGGCUGCUCCGUUCUGCUUCAUCCUGUAUGCGGACAAGACAAGACUGUCGUCUCAUGGUACAGUAAAGGGAUAUCCUGUCGUGGUCCAUUGCACGAAUUUGCCAGUUGGCAUACGAAACGGAGAGGGUAUUGGUGGUGGCCGUGUUGUCGGGUGGUUGCCAAUCGUAUCUGAAGAUGCAGACGAAGAAGGCAAGCCAGGGUUCGUAAACCUCAAGCGCGUCGUAUGGCACGAGGCAUUCUUAAAGCUGUUGGAACUGGUCGCACAAUACUCAAAGUCUGGCUAUUCACAUACUUGCUAUGACAAGAUCGCGCGCUGGCUGUUUCCCAUUAUUCUGAUACUAUCUGCUGAUUAUGAAGAACAAUGCAUGAUGUCUCUCAUUCGCGGCCACCAUAGCAAAUGUCCCUGUCCGGUAUGUCUUGUACCACUCGAGGAACUUAGCGAGCUAUCAAAGACAUUUGCAUUUAGAUCAGUGGAAGAAGCAAUAGCUGCACUCAAUGUUUACAAGGUCAGCAAAGCUCAAGGCGAGGAACUUCUCAAGGCAUUAGGAUUGCGCACUGUCAUGGAGUUGAAGAAAAUCCUCAAAGCACUUGGACGUGAUGAAGAGUCAAAGGUUGAGAAACAGGUUGCUAGUUUCCCUCGAUGGCGCAAUCUUAAUCAUUUCAGCACCGUCAUCCACAUCACCUUCAGUGAUGGUAACAAGAUGCAAGAUCUAUCCAAGCAAGUCUUUUAUUCUGCAGUAAACGUCUUCAACCAGAGGACGAGCCCAGAAGGGUACAAACUUCUCCGCGUUAUUAGCAGCUAUCUGCAAUUGGACAGCUAUAUCGGUCUCGACGUGCAUACAUCAAGCACGCUGGCAGCAAUUGAUGCUGAACUACUCAUUUUUGAUAGCGCACUCAAGGACUACAUCGAAUGCGCUCUCAAUUCUCCCAUCGAGGGUCUUAAGCUUGACUGGGACUUUCCAAAGGCGCAUCUCUGGAAGCACGCAACUAGGGACAUCCGAAUGAAGGGUGUAGUACGCAACUACAGCACCCGUCCGAAUGAGAAGCUUCAUGGCCCCCUCAAAGAGGCCUACGAGCACCAGUCGAAUGGAAAGGAUGUCGCUGACCAGAUACUCCGUGUUGACAAGCGCAAAUUUGCAGUCAAAAUGUUGAGAGCACACGUGGACGUACUUGACGACCGGCGCACAUUGGCAGAAGAGGGCAAUGAUGACGAUGAAGUCCCGAAUCCCGUUGCUUUCGAGGGGCACAUCAAACUUGGUUCGACACAACAGCCCGUAGCCAUCCAAGACAUCGAGAACCACAGCGGCCAAUUGGAUCAGGCGUUUCAAGGCUUUCAUAAGAAGUUUUCUGACUUUAUCAACAACUCAUUACCGACGUACGGAUAUCGACUGGAGAGAUGGGUUACCAUACCCACAAACUUCUUGAUUUGCGAACAUCGAUAUCUCAAAGUUCACUACGAGUCUUCCGUCGACUGGAAGCAAACUACCAACUACCUCCGAUGCACUCCAAGCUUCCAUGGGCACCUGCGCUAUGACUUAUCGGUCUUUGUUCGCCUUGUUUUUAUAUUCAGUUGUCAGCUUCUGGAUGUUGGUUCCUUCGAGUUUGCACUGGUUCAGCCAUUCACUGCUGGCAUUGGUGCUUCUCGCAGGUUGGACCGUGAUCUACGACUUACUCGUGUCAAAGCCGUCCCAAGGGCAAGUUCAAUCUUCAUUCCAGUCCAGUCUUUCAUUUGUGGCGCUGUUUGUUUCCCUGAUCCUGAUCACCGAGAUGAAUUCCUCGUGGUCGACCACAUUGAUAGUGACAUGUUUGUGCGCAUGAAGUCACGUCCAGCACGCCAGUGA